GACAAAAGUUAACAUGGAACCAGGCCCGGCAGUUGGAUACUCGUCAGAGAAUGAGGACGAGAACGUAAACUCUCGCUGUAUACUCUGUGGUGCUUAUGUGCCUGAUGAUCUACUCCGACAACAUCUAGUGAAGCUUCACGGAGUAACAAUCUCGCACAAGUUUAUCUUGGACAUCUGCACCAUCUGUGCUGCUACUGAAGAACAGAAGAAGAUGUUGUUCGAGACUGUAAAGAAUCAGAAGGAUCUUGUUACUCCGAGGAAACCUACCAAACCAACCCCUGCAGUUCGGCGUUCCAGGUCCGAGUCCUCUGAUAUUCAAGAUCAAUCUGCUAAAAGACGAAAGGUUGUUUCUAGAGAUAAUGCCGGGGACAAGAAACUUGUAGUUCCUGUCUCGAGCAGGAAAGGGAGGCCGAAAAUUCAAGAGUUCCUCAAGCCAACGAAAAAGGUUAGCUCUAUGCGGUGUUCCCCGUGUAACCUAGUGUUCCCCAACAUAAGCAGGCUCAAGCAACACGCUAAGAAACAUCCUCGCGCUUACCCCCCCUGUAAGAAGUGCAAGACUCCGCUGAACACCUUUAACGAGAUGCUGAGUCAUGUCAAGUCGUGCAAGGUGUCGCCUCUCCGGUCUAGUUCUCCAAAUAAGGACUAUGAUCUACAUGAAAUAACAGUACCUCGGGAUCAGUUGGUUGUCAGUGAAGACGAGUGCGAGGGAAACAUAGAAGUCCAACCAGAUAAUCCAGCAGUGGAGAUGAGUGAAAAUAUACAGGAGAAUGAAGACGCAGAGAAGGAAAACGUGAAUCCUAGAGAAGAUGAUGACAAAGCUGCUGAGGACGAUCCAGAUGUGUCAGGGUUCGUCUGUGAUGAAGAAGGUAAAGUAGAUUCUGCAGAACGUAGAUCUGAGGACACUGAAUGCGAUGAAAGCUCCGAUGAUGAAAGCAGUGGAAGGCGCUCCCGCUCAGAUGUUCAGCAAAAUGAAGACAAUAAGUCGGAGGAAGGAGCUGAAAACCUGAAUGACGAUGAUGACCACCUUAGCCCUGAAGAGGAUGCGAACCCGCCAGAUGUAGAUGAGGAAAAAUCAGUUUUGCAGGAAUGGUUCGAUAAUGUUCCAUUUCCAUGGGAGGAUUCUACUAAAUCUGAAAGGAAUGACUGGGUUUGUCAGAUUUGUGAUCAGAUGUACACUAGGAAAGGAAAUCUAGUUCGUCAUCAACGCCGGGAUCAUGGAUACUCGUCCUCCCCCAUCCGGCAGCGCUCUAAGACAACAUUACCCCAGAUUGCACAACCAACCGCUAGUCGACCCAGAUCAAAAACAGUACUCCCAAAGGCUCAAGAUAUCUCGGUUGACAGAAGAAGAUCCCGCUCAAAAUCCUCUCUUCCUGCCAGUGUGGAGAAGGACGAGUCAACUGUUCGGGGACACAAGCUGGACCAUAUUCCGAAUCCAACAUAUUUUGCUAGAAGAACCAACAUGUUUGGUUUUUUCAAGGAAGAGCACCGUGCUCUUUAUAACAUGGUGGAUCCUAAUCUCCCGGAAGGUUGGAAGAUUUCUUUCAAUCCCGUGUCCAAGAAGUACAAGUUCUUACCCCCGGACGAGGUUUACUUCCUCAAGUCGAAGAUCGGAGUUUAUCAGUAUAUGUUGGGUCUGCCGGGUCAGUACUCCGAGGAGGAGUUAGAGAGAGUCCAUAGCUCGCUCAGUGUGGCUGUGAGGAAGGAGCUAGAAACCGAGCAGUGUUAAGUUUUGGUCAAAUACAUGUAACAUUUUUUUGUGAAAUCCGGCCAUUUUUUCUACAAUCUAUUCGGAAUUUUUUUUUGCUUUUGUUGUAAAUUUCUAUGUAAAGUGUAAAUAUACAGUGAACAUAAAAAUA